CAUCUAUUUAUAGUACAUUGGCUUUAGAUUGCAUCGUAUAUUUGUUCAGUUUGUUGAUCCGAUAAGAUAUUUUGAAUAAUUAUAAUUAUUAAGCUUUAUCCUAUCUAGUGAUAUUGAUUAAACAUCGUGCGAUUUAUGAAAAUGGGUACCCUUUUCGAACAUUUAAAGACGCUGUUUGAUUAUGAGUUAUAUUCAAACGCAAAAACAUUGUCUAAUUUGAUAUUAGCGGUAUAUGAGAAUAAUAGAGUAAUACUGACUCCGCAACAACAUUUCUGCACUUUGGUUUAUUAUGCCGAAUCGCUUUUCCACGAGCAUCAGUACCGGGAAGCGGAGGGAAUAUUCAAGCAAGCCCUACAGGCUAAGCGUAUUCUUCCAAAGUCAAAAUCACCAGUACAUAAGUUAUCGGAAAACAAUUUGGAUAUAUUUUCGGAAGUUGAAAUCAAGUUUAAAACCGCCAUGUGUUUAAUAGAGAUAAAACGAUUUCGUGAUGCGAUCGCUACUCUGCAGUCGCUGUCAAUCAAACAACGGACUCCAAAAGUUAACAUGCUUUUGAGCCGAUUAUGUCACAAUCACGGACAUGAAAGAACAGCAAUCGGAAUGUAUAAAGAGGUUCUUAAAGAUUGUCCUUUAGCGUUCGAAGCCAUUGAAGGUCUUUUGUCACUUGGCACAAAUGGGAUUGAAGUUAACACUUUAGUGCUUAACGCAACGCUUGCUUCCCAAUGCAAUGACUGGUUGAGCAACUGGAUUAAAGCCCAUGCUCAUAUCCAGAGCAGAAAGUAUUCGGAAGCUAUACAGACACUUCGUGCUGUCGAAUCAAAUACUUCGCUAACUAACUAUCACCAGCUUUUGGUAUUGAUAGGAGAGUGUUACUACCAUAAUGGAGAAUACGAAAAUGCUUACACAUAUUUGAAAAGGGCGCACAGCUUAUAUCCCUAUAUGAAAAAUGGUAUUCAAAUCUUGGCUAUUUUGAUGGCAAAGAAAAAGAAAGUUAGCGAGUUAGAAAAAAUGAUUGCUCCUACCUCGACUUUUCCAUAUGAAUAUUCUUCAGAAAUGUGGUUUGUAAUGGCGCAAUAUUUGUUCGCUACCGCAAAAUACGAUAAAGCAGUUUAUUUUGUCCAGAAGGCCUGCUUUCUGAAUCCGAAAAAUGCCGAAGCACUUAUUCUGAAGGCGGAAAUCUUGUUGCAGCUAAAGAAGUACCAAGAAGCAAUAGCUCAUCUACGAUUCGCGCAACAAUUUGCUCCUUACCGUUACGAGGUGCAUAAAGUACUGGUGGAUACCUAUAUAAAUAUAAACCGAUUACGAGAGGCUCAAGUUCAGGCUCUGAAAGCUUUAAAAACUAUAGGUGAAUCGCCGAGACUACUUGUGCUCUUGGGACGAACAUAUUUGAAAGAUGAUGGUACAAAGGGAAAAGCAAAAACAUUAUUCCAAAAAGCACUCGAGUUAAACGAAAAUUACCUACCUGCCGUUUAUCUGUUGGCUGAUUUGUAUCAGUAUGAAAAUGAUGUUGCGAGUUGCAUGAAACUUCUGAAGAAACAUGCAAUGUUAACGCAAAAUUGUAAGCUUCAUGCUAUGUUAGGCGAUCUACUGAGCAGCGAUAAAGAUCACUCGGGUGCUUUAGAACAUUACACUAUAGCACUGAACCUUGAUCCAACAAACGGUUGUGCAAUGGCAGGUCUACUCGCUAUGGGACAAAGUGGCACGAGCGGAACAGGAGGUGUAAACACUUCAUAUCUUGACUCAUCUAUGGCAGAGGACGGCAGCGAUGUACCGGAUAACCCACUAGAAAUGAUCGAAAUGCCGCAAAAUGUCCACAAUGACGUGGAGUCAGAAAGUGAUAUAAUGUGGUCUGACGUAGAGAUUGAAAUCAAUCAGUAAACUGAAAGUAUUGAAACUGUUUCGUGUUAGUUUUCAUCAGUCACGGUAAUAAUAGCUAUUGAUGGAUACGCUUCGCAAAACAGUUAAAUUACUAUAUCUUUUGCAUUUCUCGAUAAUAAAAAAUAGAUUUUGUUUUACAAAAA